AAUUACAUGGUUUCUAUACAUUGACUUUACUUUAGUGCUCUAAUGUCCUGCGUGCCCACACGGAGCGCCUAAGUAGUCAAUCCACGAGCGAAUCUAGAAUGCAGUGUACACAGCAGCUUCGGUGCCCGCAAAUGCAAAUGCAUAGGCGUCCUGCUUCUGGAGCUAUUCGCUAUGGGAGGCUCUCUUGCUCGCCUGUCGCGCCAUGCCGGCGACCCUUGGUGAAGGCACCGAGCUCUAAGCCAAAUCCUGCUUCUGGAACGGACCUACCAACAAGUUACAUCGUUGAGCCAAUUAGCUUUGGCGAGGAUUCUGUGCUGGAAUGCCCAGAGAUCCGCACAAAGUUGACGCCAAGGCCUAGUCCCUUUGUAGUCCACAACAACUUUGGUGGUGGUUUCGUGUCCGACAACGACCGCGUGGCACUCAACUCCAUGCGGUUCGCCUCGCCCGAGUCGGCAGGCGCCAGUCGCGCCUACUUCGAGCCUCGCGUAAACGGCGGCGCCGGCGCCGGCGGCAACAGCGGCGCCGGCGGUGUGAGUGUUCUGGAGGCGUCCAUGGACCAGCUCAACAUGACGUUGCCCCCCUGGGCCAUGCGGGCGGGGGCGCGCAAGGAGAUCUUCUUUGACCCCACGCAGGUGACGGCGGCGAUCGUGACUUGCGGAGGUCUGUGCCCGGGGCUCAACGACGUGGUUCAGGGCCUGGUGAACAAGCUGACGGACUACGGGGUGCCCGAGGGCAAGAUCCUGGGUAUCAAGUACGGCUUCAGGGGCUUCUACGACCCCGCUGUGAAGCCCGUGGUGCUUACCAAGCGCACCGUGGACGGCAUCCAGCUGCAGGGGGGCACCAUCCUGGGCACCAGCAGGGGGGGAGCCAACAUCAGGGAGAUCGUGAAGCGUAUCGACAUGUGGGGUAUCGACAUGCUCUUCGUGGUGGGCGGCAAUGGAGGCAACGCGGGAGCCAACGCCAUCAACGCCAUGUGCCGCCAACACGACGUGCCGUGCACCGUGGUGGGUGUGCCCAAGUCGAUUGACAACGACAUCCUGCUGAUUGACAAGUGCUUCGGGUUUGACACGGCGGUUGAGGAGAGCCAGCGGGCGCUGAUGGCUGCAAAGGUGGAGGCCAGCAGCGCCCGGCGGGGUAUUGGUCUGGUGAAGCUGAUGGGCCGGCAGUCGGGGUUCAUCGCGAUGCAGGCCUCCAUGGCCAGCGGUGUUGUGGACGCCUGCCUGAUCCCCGAGGUGUCCUUCAAGCUGGAUGGGGAGGUGGGGCUGCUGCGCUACCUAGAGGGUGUCAUCAAGGCCAAGGGGCACUGCGUGGUGUGCGUGGCGGAGGGGGCGGGGCAGGACCUCCUCGAGGACGGCGGGCAGCUGGGCACCGAUGCCAGCGGCAACCCCAUCCUCAAAGACAUCGGCGCCUUCCUCAAAGAGAAGUGCAAGGCGUACUUCAAGGACGCAGACAUCAAGUACAUCGACCCCUCCUACAUGAUCCGGUCCGUUUCCACAACCACCAACGACCGAAUCUACUGCAAGAUCCUGGCGCACAAUGCCGUACAUGCGGCCUUUGCGGGCUUCACGGGGAUUACGGUGGGGCUGGUGAACACGCACUACGUGUACCUGCCCAUUCCCGUCAUCAUUCAGGCGCCGCGAAAGGUGGACCCCCGCGGCAAGGCCUGGAACCGCCUGCGUGCCGCCAUCGGCCAGCCCAGCUUCCAGUGAGCGUGCUGCCUUUGCUUGGUUGCUUGGAUGGCUGGCUGGGCUGGCUUGUUGGGCUGGCUGGGAAGCCCAUGCAUCGCGCCCGAAGCCAAGCACAGCCAAGAUGCGGCCAUGAAGACGCCAUCAGCUCCUCUUAAGGACGAGCUGCUGUGAGGGUCGCUGACACCAUCCUUUGCUGCCCUACAUGGGGGUGGAUGGUGGCCUUGGAACUUCUCUCAUGUGUCGUGUUCAGAAGGACGGUGGUUUGGCGGUGUCUGGCAUGCGGCGCGUAGCAGCGGGAUUCCAUUGGCGCAACGAGAUUUCUGCGCGGGAAAAUAUAUUCUUUUACAGGUAGGAUUGUUCCACUACAGGCUGUCACCCAAUAUGUGUGUUUGUGUUUGUGUGCAUGCGUGUUUUGUUUGGGUACGUGUUGUGUCGUACUGCCGUACGACAGCUACUGUACGACACAUGCUUUCAGCGUGUGUAAAAGGGCGGAAAAGAAAGAGAAGAAGGGCGCAUUCAUUACAGGAGGAGGAAAAAUCGUUGCAAGUAGGAGUGUGCCAAUGCGGCAUGUGUUGCCAUAUGUUACUCUUGUACCCGUACGCUGGGGAAAGGGCUGCAGUUGGGAGGAUUCAAAAAUUCAGGGAGGAUUCAGGAAGGAUUCAGGGAGGAAGCGAAGAAUAUUCAUACCUCAAGACCUCAUACGCUGCAGUACAUCUCAUCAUAUACGCUGUGUCUCACAAUCAUCAUGGCUAUCAUGGCCCAAUCGGGGCAAGUGGAGGCAGCAUUCGUGCCGGUGCCGGGUCGACCGUUUUGUGCUGUUGUCGAUGUCUGGAUGCAUGCGCGCCCUGAGUGUAGCACCAUUUGUGGACUUGGUUGGUUUCACCUGUUUGAAAGGGCCUACAAUGCCGGGAACAAGUGCAACUCAUGUGCAAGCCGCCCAUGCAUCUCAUACGGAGGUACCGGUAUGCCGCAUUAUGCAUGGGGGCCCUCGGUGUCAGCGGGAGCGUGCCAAGAAUCGCCCUACAUGGAAGGAUUGCGUGACUGGGUGGCCCAUCCGUUGUACUACCGGUAAUCGCUGGUCGCUUCAACACGAGGCCGCUGCCCCGCUGCAAACGUGUAAACUAAACUGCACGAUCUUGAUGGAGGCACGUGUGGGGCAGUACGACACGCCACCCAUGUACACCGAUAACACACCCGUGUAACUUACCGGUACCCG